AUGGCGAAUCGAACGGACCCUUUGGCGCAGCAGGUGCACGGCUGCAACCCCCAGACGCUCGUCUCUCGAAUUAUUCGCCGGAAGAUCUACGAGAGUGUGUACUGGAAAGAGCAGUGCUUCGCCCUCACUGCCGAGACGGUCCUGGAACCCUGUGUCGCGCUGACGUACGUCGGGGGAACCUAUGGCGGCAAGCGACAGCCAGCACCGUUUCUCUGCUUGGUUUUGAAGCUCCUGCAGAUCCAACCGGAGACGGAAGUUGUCCUCGAAUUCAUCAAGCAGGAACAGUUCAAGUACUUGCGCGCAGUCGGCGCCUUCUACUUGCGCCUCGUCGGCCGGGCGUCCGAGGUGUACACGCACCUCGAGCCGCUCCUUGCGGACUACCGGAAGCUCCGGUUUCGCCUUCCCGACGGAAAGUUCGCGAUUGUCUGCAUGGACGAGUUUGUCGACGACUGUUUGCGGAAGACGAACUUCUUGGACGUCGACUUGCCGGUUCUCCCGAAGCGCGAAGUCCUCGAAAACGAGGGUGAUCUGCCGCCCACGCGCUUGACCGCGCUGGAACACGACGUCGAGGUGUACGCGCCCGCGGGAGUCGCCGGCGGCGAGGGCGUGUCGGAGCGCGACCAGCAGCUCUGGCUUCUCCAGAAGGAACAACUUCGCGAGGAGCAAAAGAAACUGCAAAGGCGCGUGCUGCAACAGCGCAUGAAGCAGAAGCAACAGGAACAGGAACAACUUCUCCUCCAGCAAGUGCGCGAGCUCGAAAUCGAGAACGGCGGGCCGGAUCGCGGCGACAAGGAGAAACAGAGAAGCGACGACGCCGGGGACGGCUGGUGGAAGGAAAAGAAGGAACCUGGAGACAAAGAGCGAGACAGGGAGCGAGGGGAGGGCGCAGACGGAGUCAGGAGACAGAAGAGGCGAAACGAGCGAGAUGAGGGGGAAGAGGAGCGUGAGAAGCGAGAGAGAGAGUGGCAUCUUUCGGGGCGCGCGCACGGCCCGAGAGGCUACGAAGGCCGAGGACACAGGACGCGGGUGGGUAGCAGAAGUCCAACGCCCGUGAUCAAGAGAGAGAAGGACGAUCGGCGCGAGGACGAGCGCAGGCGGCGGAGCCGUCGCGAGGAAGAAGACGCUGAGCGUCGGCGGAGGCGACACCGAGAGGAGGAAGAGGAGAGACAGCGACGACGAGACAGGCGGCGGUGGGAAGAGGAAGAAGAGCGGGAGCGGCGGCGGCGCGAUCGGAGAGAAGAGCGCGACGAAGACGAGGGCGGAGACCGAGGGAAACGAAGGAGAUUCGAAGACGAGAAAGAAGAGAAUCGCCGAGAGAGACGCGACGACGACGACCGGUACCGACGCAGCGUGAAGCACGAGAAGGAAAGAGACGAGGAAGAACGACGGAGGCACACGAGAGACGGGGAGCGUCGAGGCGACAGGAACAGACCCGACAAGGGAGACGCCGAGAGAGCGGAAGAUGGAGCGAAAGGUCCAGCGUUCAGCUUCGGAAAGGAAAGCCGAGACCGGAAAAAGGGAAACGACGACUCCCUCUCGGUCCAGGAAUGGGAUGCGCUGCGUGCACAGCUCGGUCUGAAACCUCUGAAAAAGUAA